CGCAGAUUCCCGAGAACAGCCCUGGCUGUCAGCGGGCACCAGCCGCUUCCUGUCCCCAGCGCUAAGACUGGAGGGGCGCACCACCGCCGCCGAGCCAGAGGCGCUUCAGGAGGCAAGAGAAGUCCCCGCGCGCUCCGGGGCCCGGCGCAGCUCAUGGUGAGCGCCCUCUGGGGCUCGAGGGUCCCUUGGCUGAGGGGGCGCAUCCUUGGGGUGCCCCAUGGGGCUGCCUGGGGGUCGCAGGGCUGAAAUUGGGACCGCCCACAGACCGCCCCUGCAGCCCAGCCCGAAAUGCUGCCGCCAGGGAGCAACAGCACUGCGUACCCGGGGCAGUUCGCGCCGCAACAGCAGCUGGCGCAGGGGAACACUGUGGGGGGCUCGGCGGGGGCACCGCCACUGGGGCCCGCACAGGUGGUCACUGCCUGCUUGCUGACCCUACUCAUCAUCUGGACCCUACUGGGCAACGUGUUGGUGUGCGCAGCCAUCGUGCGGAGCCGCCACCUGCGCACCAAGAUGACCAACGUCUUCAUCGUGUCUCUGGCCGUGUCAGACCUCUUCGUGGCGCUGCUGGUCAUGCCCUGGAAGGCAGUCGCCGAGGUGGCCGGUUACUGGCCCUUUGGAGCGUUCUGCGACGUCUGGGUGGCCUUCGACAUCAUGUGCUCCACAGCCUCCAUCCUGAACCUGUGCGUCAUCAGCGUGGACCGCUACUGGGCCAUCUCCAGGCCCUUCCGCUACGAGCGCAAGAUGACCCAGCGCAUGGCCUUGGUCAUCGUCGGCCUGGCCUGGACCUUGUCCAUCCUCAUCUCCUUCAUUCCGGUCCAGCUCAACUGGCACAGGGACCAGGCGGGCUCUUGGGGCGGGCUGGACCUGACUAACAACCUGGCCAACUGGACGCCCUGGGAGGAGGACGUUUGGGAACCCGACGUGACGGCAGAGAACUGUGACUCCAGCCUGAAUCGAACCUACGCCAUCUCUUCCUCGCUGGUCAGCUUCUACAUCCCCGUGGCCAUCAUGAUCGUGACCUACACGCGCAUCUACCGCAUCGCCCAGGUGCAGAUCCGCAGGAUUUCCUCCCUGGAGAGGGCCGCAGAGCACGCGCAGAGCUGCCGGAGCAGCGCAGCCUGCGCGCCCGACACCAGCCUGCGCGCUUCCAUCAAGAAGGAGACCAAGGUUUUCAAGACCCUGUCUGUGAUCAUGGGGGUCUUCGUGUGUUGCUGGCUGCCCUUCUUCAUCCUUAACUGCAUGGUCCCUUUCUGCAGUGGACACCCCGAAGGCCCUCCGGCCGGCUUCCCCUGCGUCAGUGAGACCACCUUCGACGUCUUCGUCUGGUUCGGUUGGGCCAACUCCUCGCUCAACCCCAUCAUCUAUGCCUUCAAUGCCGACUUCCGGAAGGUGUUUGCCCAGCUGCUGGGGUGCGGCCACGUCUGCUCCCGCACGCCGGUGAAGACGGUGAACAUCAGCAAUGAGCUCAUCUCCUACAACCAAGACACCGUCUUCCACAAGGAAAUCGCAGCUGCCUACAUCCACAUGAUGCCCAACGCUGUUACCCCCGGCGACCCGGAGGUGGACAACGAUGAGGAGGAGGAGGGUCCUUUCGAUCGCAUGUCCCAGAUCUAUCAGACAUCCCCAGAUGGUGACCCUGUUGCAGAGUCUGUCUGGGAGCUGGACUGUGAGGGGGAGAUUUCUUUAGGCAAAAUAACACCUUUCACCCCAAAUGGAUUCCAUUAAACUGCAUUAAGAAACCCCCUCAUGGAUCUGCAUAACUGCACAGACACUGACAAGCAUGCACACACACGCAAAUACAUGCCUUUCCAGUGCUUCUCCCUUUAACAUGUGUUUCUGUGCAGUAGUUCAUGUGCUUAGAAACCUCACCGCACCGAUUGGUGGUUCAAAUAAUUGGCCGAAGCAGUUGCAAUAAACUCAGUCAAAUAUACCCAGCCUACCAGAGAUGGACCAAUGAUCCUAUUAGAGAAGAGAGUAUAGUGCUGCGUCCUUAAAAAAAAAAAAAAAAAAGUGAUACUUGGUCCUUAAAAAAUAUGCUCUCCCCUCCCUUUUUAAACUAAUGGCUUGUUCAGUCACUUGUUUGUGUUUGAAUUGAUUUUUAAACAGCAGUUUGUGUGUGUGUGCAGUGAUGCGGUGGGAGCAUAGCUUUCCUGUGUCUGGAUUCCCAUGACUCUGUGCUCAUGUCAUUUCUUCUCUCUGUGCUGAUGGGUGUCUCUUCACCAUAGCUGAAGAAGUCUCCCUGAUUUAUUCUGGUGUCUAAUAAACACAAAUGAUUUGUA